AUGGAUGAAACUCGGUUGUGGAGACUGCUUGGGUUCCCUGUGGGUGAAGUCGCCUGGGUGGUUGAGACUCCCUGGCCUUCCAACAGGAUUUGGUGGGAUGGGAUUGGAGGCAUUAGAUGUGAGAAGUUGACACUGGCUGGCUUUUCGGCAUCUCAAGCUGUCUCUAGACAACCCGCGCCGACCGCCAUGGCGAAGCCUCAGGCGAAAAAGACUGCCCGAGCGGGCAAGGAGCCUGUGACGCGUGAUUGCACGAUCCACCUUCACAAGCACAUGCAGAAGGUCGCCUUUAAGAAGCGGGCACCUCGAGCGGUGCGGGUGGUGAGGCAGUUUGCUUGCAAGGUGAUGCUCACCCAGGAUGUGCGCAUCGAUACGAAGCUGAACAAGUUCCUCUGGAGCAACGGCGUUCGAAACGUGCCUCGGCGGGUGCGUGUGCGCCUCUCCCGGAAGCGCAAUGAGGACGAAGAUGCCAAGGAGAAGAUGUUCACCUUGGUGCAACAUGUGCCUGUGGAGAGCUUCAAGAAUCUCCAAACGGAGACCGUGAAAGAUGAUUGA